ACAUAAACUACUAAACUGGACUGGAAUAAAAUUUGAAAAUCUCUUUAAUCUCAAUGCUGCUGCUAUUGGAAACCAUCUAAGGCAUGACUUACAAAAUGACUUAUAUUGUGAAACUUCAUAGACAUUUCCAACGAACAGUUAUAUUGCUGGCCACUUUUUGUAUGGUGAGCAUUGUGAUUUCAGCAUAUUAUUUGUACAAUGGCUACAAACAAGAAAAUGAACUUUCUGAGAUCUCUUCAGAGGUGGAAUGUGGAGACCUUCCAGUACUAUUGCCAUACAAGUGCACCGUGAAGAUGGUUAAGCCCAUUGAUCCCUUAAGAACUGAUCCUGUGGUACUAGUUUUUGUGGAAAGCCAGUACUCUGCACUUGGCCAAGACAUAAUAAUGAUUUUAGAAUCGAGCAGGUUCCAAUAUCAUAUUGAGAUUGCUUCUGAAGGUGAUCUUCCUGUGCUUAUAGAUAAAAACAAAGGCAAGUACAUUCUCAUAAUAUUUGAGAAUAUCUUUAAGUAUGUGAAUAUGGAUUCCUGGAAUCGAGGCCUUCUAGACAAAUACUGUGGAGAAUAUGGUGUUGGAAUGAUCGGGUUCCAUAAGAGCAGUGAGAACUCUCUACAGGCUUCUCAGUUAAAAGGUUUUCCUUUCCACAUCCAUGGUAAUGUGGGUGUUAAGGACUGUUGCAUCAACCCUUAUUCUUCUCUGCUCCAUAUGACUAAAUCAUCUAAGUUUGAUAAAGGUCCUUUGCCAGGAAAUGACUGGACACUUUUCCACAUAAAUCAUUCAGCCUACCAACCUGUUAUAUUUGCAAAAGUAAAAACGCCUGAAAACCUCCCACCUCCUGUAAUUAAAAGUUCUUUCCAUGCAACUGUUGUUCAUGACUUGGGUCUUCAUGAUGGGAUUCAACGUGUUCUUUUUGGCAACAAUUUGAACUUUUGGCUGCACAAGCUCAUAUUUAUAGAUGCUAUUUCAUUCUUGACUGGCAAGAGGCUUGCGUUGUCCUUGGAUAGAUACAUUCUUGUUGACAUCGAUGACAUCUUUGUUGGAAAGGAAGGAACAAGGAUGAAGGCCAAUGAUGUCCAGGCUCUGCUUGAUACUCAGAACCUUCUGAGAGCUCAAAUUGCAAAUUUCACUUUCAACCUGGGAUUUUCAGGGAAAUUUUACCACACAGGAACUGUAGAGGAAGACGAAGGCGAUGAUCUAUUACUGGGGUCUGUGGAUGAAUUUUGGUGGUUCCCUCAUAUGUGGAGUCACAUGCAGCCUCAUCUCUUCCACAAUGAAUCAUCCCUGGUAGAACAGAUGAUCCUCAACAAAAAAUUUGCCUUAGAACAUGGCAUUCCAACUGAUCUGGGAUAUGCUGUAGCUCCACACCAUUCUGGCGUCUAUCCUGUCCACGUCCAACUUUACGAUGCCUGGAAGAAAGUCUGGAAUAUCAAAAUUACCAGCACAGAAGAGUAUCCACAUCUGAAACCUGCACGGUACAGAAGGGGCUUCAUCCACAAAAACAUUAUGGUUCUUCCUCGACAAACUUGUGGUCUCUUUACUCACACCAUUUUCUACAAAGAGUAUCCUGGUGGCCCUAAAGAAUUGAACAAAAGUAUACAGGGUGGGGAACUGUUUUUCACUGUUGUUCUCAAUCCAAUCAGCAUCUUCAUGACUCACUUGUCUAACUAUGGGAAUGACCGCUUGGGUUUGUACACCUUUGUCAAUCUGGCUAAUUUUGUUCAGAGUUGGACUAACCUGAAGCUGCAGACACUACCUCCAAUUCAGUUGGCUCACAAGUACUUUGAACUCUUCCCUGAGCAAAAGGACCCUCUUUGGCAGAAUCCUUGUGAUGACAAGCGACACAGAGAUAUCUGGUCAAAAGAAAAAACCUGUGAUCGGUUACCAAAAUUCCUGGUUAUUGGACCCCAGAAAACUGGUACAACAGCUUUGUAUUUGUUCCUGAUUAUGCAUCCAUCCAUCAUUAGUAACUCCCCCAGCCCCAAAACCUUUGAGGAGGUACAGUUCUUUAAUAGAAAUAACUACCACAGGGGGAUUGAUUGGUAUAUGGAAUUCUUUCCUGCACCUUCCAACAUCACUACAGACUUCCUUUUUGAGAAGAGUGCCAACUAUUUCCAUUCUGAAGACGCCCCUAAACGAGCAGCUUCUUUGAUUCCCAAGGCAAAAAUCAUCACCAUUCUCAUUGAUCCAUCAGAUCGAGCAUACUCCUGGUAUCAGCACCAGCGAUCACACAAAGACCCUGCAGCUCUAAAGUUUACCUUCUAUCAAGUGAUCAGUGCUGGACAUCAUGCUUCAGCAGAGCUUAAGGCGCUUCAAAAGAAAUGUCUAGUACCUGGAUGGUAUGCUACCCAUAUAGAAAGAUGGCUAACUUACUUUCCACCUUAUCAGUUACUAAUUAUUGAUGGACAGCAGCUGAGAAAUGAUCCAGCUAUCGUGAUGGACGAAGUGCAGAAGUUUCUGGGAGUUACUCCUCAUUAUAAUUACUCAGAAGCCCUAACGUUUGACUCACACAAGGGCUUCUGGUGUCAACUCUUGGAAGAAGGAAAAACAAAAUGUCUUGGAAAGAGCAAAGGCAGAAAGUACCCUCCAAUGGAUUCUGAGUGCAGGGUUUUUCUGUCAAGCUACUACAGAGAUCACAAUGUGGAACUCUCAAAGCUUCUACACAAGUUGGGACAACCCCUUCCAUCAUGGCUGAGACAGGAGCUACAAAAAGUGAGAUAGCAUUCGGGGUAAAGCUUCUAGAGAGAGCUCUUCUUCACUCCAAGUAUAAUCAGACCUAAAGUCUCUAGUAGCUACAAGAAAGCUGUUGGGAAAUCUGUCUCUUCAAGAGAACAAAAAUGUAAGGCUUGUGCCAUAUGCUGGCAAGUGGACUGUGAAAGGGGGUGCACUUGUGUCUCUGGAAGUGCAUGGUAUUUCAUUACAAUUUCUGGUUUCAUGGAGGUUACAUAGGGAAGGUCAUAUGGGCCAGCUCCCACUUAUUUCAAUGGGGCUGGCACAAGAGAACUUCUAGUGGGUUGUGCCUAUAACUUGGUGUGCAAAGGUGGAAAUAAAAAGCAACUGGCCUAAGUUUCAAAAACAACAAUAUACAACUGUCCAAAAUCAUAAUAAAUAUUUACAAUUUUAUAUAUUGUAUUCAUAUCAGUUUAAGAAUAUUGUGUCUCAUGUCAGUUCUGUAACCCACUGUCUGCCUGCUGAAGUUUCUUAUUGUUUGAUUACAAUGCUGUGUCUUUUUUAAAAUGAGAAAAUACGUAGCACAAAAUGCCAGAUGUAUUCCCCCUUUGCAAUCUGAUUCAAAGCACUAAACUAGGUUUUUUUAAAAGUCAGUUUAUGUCAUUUAGGAAAACAACAUAUGUGGGGAAUGCAUCAUAGUAUUCAAAGAAAUGAUAUUAUGUAUUUGAGUUGAAUGGCUGAAUCUUUUCACCUCAAUUCAUUGAACUGGGAGUUGCUGGAGCAUUGGGGAACCUGUCCCUUCCUGAACAGAUGAUGGAUGGAAAAAGUGCUGCAGAUGCUCUACUUGUAGAACAGCAUCAGAAGUGCAUGUCCAACCAGGGCUUCUAGAUAUUUAAGAUUUUCCUGAAGUACAGAAGAUUCUCCCAAAUCACAGUCUUACACAUUCUAUUCACCUUUUACUGGAUCAGGGUCUUUGGCCAGUGCAGGAAAAAUACUUAGGCAUAUUUUACAAGGCUUUGAUUGUUUCACUUGGAUACCACAAACAAAAACCCUUAUGUUGUUGAAGCAAAUAAUUCCAAAAGAAUUAAAUCCAAACUUGUAAAAUAUUUUUUUAGGUUUGCAGGAAUAAAAAAUCAUGUCAGUGAAAUAAUUGUAUUUUUUUUUAAAAAAAAUUCAUAUCCUUUUUUGGUCAGUCUUUUGCCAUUAGCUAAGCCGAUUUCCCAUCCCAACUUCCCCUCCUCCUGCCUAAAAUUGGAAAAGUUUCCACUGAUUCACUAGUCCUAUAUCAGGCAGAGAAAGUGGCAAGUAGCAUACUCAUAUCUGAUUUGCUUUAUUUACGUGUUCUACAUACUUUGGAUUUCUUAGGUACUAUAUUAUGCAUUGCUUUAGUAUUUUCAAAAUGAACAGAUUCACAAGCUAUGGAAAUACAUUUGGAGGGAAUAUCUGCAGUUAAGUUAAUACAAAAAAUUAUUCAAAUUUAUUUUUUAAGCAAUGAACAUUAUGCUGCUGGCCUAAAAAAUUAUGAACACAGUUAACUUAAAAACUGAUGAUGAAAUUUCUGAAAGCAUGUAGCUCUGAUAAUUAAUAUUUUACAACACUAUGAUGACUAAAUGUGUAGCAAAGCUAGACAAUAUUAUGAACCAAGUUUACUCUAUUGAUAUUUGGCUCAGGGUACUUUGAAACUAAAUGGCUAGAUCUCUAACCAAAUAUAUCAAAAUAUUAGAUAUAAGACAGUAAUUAUGCACCAUUAUUUUCAGUUCGGUUUACUGGAUGUAGCAUCACCCAGCCAAGGUUAAGCACUGUUCAGUCCGAAUUAUUUUAAUGGAAAACUGCUCACAUGCUUAAAUGUGCUUGGAGCCCCCCCCCCCCGAUUUAGGAAGCACUACAUUGAUAAGGGAAUCUUUUAAGGCAAGCCAUUAGUCCUACUCCUUACCUUUUUGUUAAGUAAAGCAAUAAACUGAGUGCAAAUGGCCCCUUUAUUCAAUAUGGAAAUAACAAGAGCUCAGAUUGUAUCUCUGUCAUUACCACUUUAUGAACAAAUAUACAAUUUUUCUGAACAACCACAUGUAUGCAGUAUCCUUUCCAUCUGUGAAGGAUUCUCUGCAGAAGAGUGCUUGCUUUCUUCCUUAUCCUGUCAUACAAAGCUAUAAUAGGUUCCUCAAAUCUACUGGUUUUCAAACUUUUGCUUGACAUAAGUAGAAGCUUGACAUUACUCAAAGAAAGAUCCUUAGUGGCAGGCAAGUGUCCUUGAAAGAUAAUUUGAUGACCACAACCAAUCUUCUGAAGCCAAGUAUUGGUUUUAGGCUGCAAUCCUAUACCCACUUAUCUGUAAGUCUCAAUGGAGCUACUUUUGAGUAGAUAUGUAUAGGGCUGCACUGUGAAGAAUCCAAAAAUUCAGGUAGGCUUUUUAUACCUCCUACUUGUUUAAUGACUGCACAAACAAAUGCCAGAAUAUAGUCCAGCAUAAAUCUUUACAUAUUUACUUUAACAUAGUUAUUGUGAAAACUCAUGGAAGUGAUUUUGAAAGUUGGCUAUCUGAAACAGUUGUGUCAGUAAAAACAACAACAGUGUGAUUAUUUAUAGGACAUCAUUAUUAAAGGAACACACACAAAAAGGGAAACAAACAAUGAAGUAAACCAAGCAACCCAUGCAGUUACGCAUGGUUCUGCUGCAGUAUUUGCCCAGUACUACACAUGAGAAAAUGAGGAGUGGAACUAAUAUUCAAAAUAUAUUGUACAGAUUAUCCUUAUUAUUGCUGGAAAAUGUGAAGCUUCCUCAGGAAGAAUAAAAUAGAUAUUUCAGUGUUUAUAGAUGUAAUAUUCUUCUCAUUCACAUUGAAUGAAAAUUGCUGGAAAUGUUUUUCUCAAUUUUUUUAAAAUAAAAUAAAACUAGACAUUAUUCUGAUAGUGGCAUGAUUUCUGCUGUGCAACAAUAAACUCUGAUAAAAAACAGUCUCUCCACUUUCUAUUGACUUUAUUCUAAUGCAGUUUCUUUUACUGUUUGACAUCAUGUUAUAACGUACCAUAGAAACAGCUGCCUCAGAGAUUCUUUUUUUAAAGUUGCCUGCUGUUUCCAUGUGAAUAACAUUAUUCUGAAGGGAUCUUUGUUUUACUGCCUUGUCAUUUUACUAUCUUUGAUGGCAGAAUUUUUCAAGUUACACAUCCAUAGUAUAACAGUAUUGUAAAGGGAAGCAAUACAGAAGUCAAUAAAAGUUACUUAGAACAGUGAUAUACCAUACUGAAGAAAGCCCAGCAUUUUCACUAUUAAAAGUGAGAGGGAGAACAGCCUGGUGUUUUCUAAACAAUUUAGUUUUUGACAGCACAGCACAGGAAACCGCCAUAGCUCAGUAACAGAAUGCAUGUAGAAGGCUCCAUUUCCACUUAAAAGUAAUGCAGUGGUACCUUGGUGCUUGAACUUAAUACAUUCCAGGAGCCCGUUCGACUCCCAAAACUGUUCGAAAACCAAGGUGUGGCUUCUGAUUGGCUGCAGAAGCUUCCUGCACUCUAGCAGAAGCCGAGUCAGACAUUCGGCUUCCGAAAAAUGUUUGCAAACCGGAACACUUACUUCCAGGUUUGCGGCAUUAGGGAGCCAACUUGUUCGACACCUCUGGAUGGUUAAAUGAGCAAAGCCACAUGGAUGUAUCCAGUCCAGCAAUUUUUUGCACCAUCUAUUACUGAUAUUUACAUUCAGAAAGAAGCAGUCCAUAUCACAGAUGAAGAUCUACUACUACUUGAUCUCCACGGCCUGGGUCUUUCAUGAAAAAUCAUGUAGCCUAUGUACAUUUGUCCAUCUUAAUAGCCUCUGCUCUUAACUUCCUUCUUUAUAUUAUUAUUUAUGUCUCUCCUUGGCAUCAAAAAAGCCCUGCUCAAAUUGUAUUAAGUCAUAAGUAAAGACAUUCGUGGAAUUCCCAUACAAAUUUCUGAUUUCCAAUGAUUUUUGUUGAAGUAUUGGUGUUUGGGGCUCUCACCCACAAUCUGUGUGGCAGUUCAGGUUUUUAUAUUAUUUCAGUGCAAUUGAACAAAAUCCUUAAGGCAAAUAAUGGGAACUCUCCAGUGGCACCCCCACCCUAAAUUUUCCACUCUGAGGAAGGGCUGUUCCUUAGUAUGAGGCAUUAUUCUGCUAUGGCAAAUAUUGCUUAAGGAGUAGUAAGUUGUUAAAACUGUAACAACUUACUGUACUACUAUUUAACUUUAAAUAGCAUUUCCCAAUGUCGCUCCUACUCUUCUGGGCCAACGUUCCAAUCUCUGGUCCUUCCUCAGGGGAGGGGAUGGGAGAGAAGGACUGGGGUGGCAAAGCUUAAGUUCUUUUAUUUAGUGUAUGCUUGGGGUUUUUGUCAUUGUCACUUGCAGAAGUUCUCUUUCUUUUGCUUGUUAUGUUUCCUUGGUGGUGAGAGGUUGGGGUGUGGUUGAUCGUCUUUGGUUGACUGCAGUGGGAUUUGUUUGUGCGUGGGUGAGGGGUGUUGUCAGAUUAAGUUAGCCAUGUUGAAUCGUAUGCUGUCAGUGGGUUAUGAGCUCUUUCUAGUGUGAGUGGGCAUUGUUAUCUUGGAAGGUGUUCAGUAGGGCCAGUUCUGGGAUGACUUCUAGUACCUGUUUAUUUUGAUUAUUUCUGGUAUGACUGCACACACUCCUUUUCUGACUGGGUCCUCGAUUACUUGGUUUGGUGGGAUCUGCUGGUUCAGACACAGCAUAUGUCUGAGAAGGCCCCACGUGGGAUCAUGGGGAGGUGGUGCAAGGAAAAAACUGUUGUGACAUUGAUUUCUUUGCCAACUUGGAAGCUGUGGUGGGAUCCAGAAACGGCAACCUGGAGCCCCACUGACCACUUACCGUAACUGCUCUCUUCUCCAUCAGCUUGGGAGCUUUUUCUGAGACACUUGCAGGGUAUAAUAGCAUCCUUUGUCGUUUGAACAUCUUUAUCAAGACGCUAACAGAUCUGCCUGCCUUUGAUCAGUUGUGCUUCAAGGGAAUUCAAAGGAUCUUACAAUAGUCGUCUCCUUGCAGGAGCAAGGAAGCAUAGGAGAAACAGAUGCACCACAAGAGCAUCUUGGAUGGGAUGGCUUUCAAAGAGGGCUAGACAAUUGCAUGGAGGAGAGGCCUAUCAAAGGCAACUAGCCGUGAUGGCUAUGCUCAGCCUCCCCUGUUAGAGGGAGCAAUGCUUUUGAAAAGCACUUGCUGGAAGCCACAGAUACUCCAAACGUGUUUCACAAGGAACCCUUCCUUCCCUCUGCCCCUGUCCCUGAGGGUUGUCACGUCUCUCUAGGGAUUUGGCUAGAACAAAGUAUAUGUUGGGGAAAGGCUCCCUCCCUGCAAAAAAUAAUAAUGGAGGAAUCAGCAGGCGCCUGACUUCCAGCCAAGCUAGUAUCUGUCUGGCGCAUGAGGGUGGGGGACACAAGAAGGAAGCAUUCCUAUCCUGUAGGGCACUCAAUUGGCAUUUCCACCUACCUGAACUCUAAGCCUUUCCCCCUUUUGUUCUGGCCUGUCUCUCUCCCAAGGAAGAUGCAAGCUCUUGCUGGAAGCCACUGGUGGGGAGAGUGUUACUAUGAUUCCCAAAUGUUUCAGAAGCAUCUUUUUGUUCCUUUAGCUGCUUGAUAUAAUCAUAGCAUGGCAGGGUUGGAAGGGAUCCCAAGGAUUUUCUAGUCCAACCCCCGGCAAUGCAAGAAUCCUGCCCACAGCCAGCUCUGGCUGGACUCCAAACUCCAGCCUUCUGGUUACCAUUGCAAUUCUGCAUAGUGUGGAGAAAGGGGAGAAAUGUGUUGCUUACACUCUCAUAACACUGAUAUGAGAUCCGCACCAUGCAGCCCUUUCAAUAACUAAAGUCUAAAGGGCUCUCACAAGGAGGAUGGAGCAAGCUUGUUUUCUCCUGCUCCAGAGGCCCUUAGGGCCUGAAGCAGUGACUCUCCUUCCUUGGAGGUUUUUAAGCAGUGCUUGGAUGGCCAUCGGCCAUGGAUCAUCUAGUUGAGAUUCGUUCAUUGCAGGGGGUUGGACUAGAUGACCCUUGGGAUACCUUCUAACUCUAAAAUUCUAUGAUGCUAUGUUUUAAAAAGCAUCCAAUGCGCCUUUAAAGCACAUGACUUCCCCUGAAAUUAUUCGUGACAUUGUUGCUUCCCUCGCACAGACCUACAAUCCCCAGAACCCCUAACAAAACUACAAUUCCCAGGAUCAUUUGGGGGAAGACACCUGCUUUUUAGAACAGGGAUGGAGAACCUGCAGUUUGCUCACCCCCAUUUCCUAGAAACCAGGAAUGGGAAGCUCAAGUCCUUCUAACAGUAUGGUUAUAGGGAGCAGUGUGUAUAAAAUAUUGAAUGUAAUAGGGUUAUUAAAGUAAUUGUAUCAGAAUUAUUAUGGGAAUGUUAAGGUGGGAGGGGGAAAAUGAGAUUUUUGAAUUCUGGUAGUGAGUGAUGACUGGAUGAUGAUUUGAAAGGGAGUUUGAAUUCCAGUUGAGAAUCAGUUGAGAGCAGUGGGUUCUGGAGCGGGUGGUUGGGCAACUAACUACAGUGGUACCUCGGUUUAUGAACACAAUUGGUUCCGGAAGUCUGUUCAUAAACUGAAGCGUUCAUAAACUGAAGCGAACUUUCCCAUUGAAAGUAAUGAAAAGUGAAUUAAUCCGUUCCAGACGGUCCGCGGAGUAAGCGUUCAUAAACUGAAGCAAACUUUCCCAUUGAAAGUAAUGGAAAGUGGAUUAAUCCGUUCCAGACGGGUCCGCGGAGUACUUAAACUGAAGCGUUCAUAAACUGAAGCAUGGGUGUAAUUGGUUCCGGAAGUCUGUUCAUAUACUGAAGCGUUCAUAAACUGAAGCAAACUUUCCCAUUGAAAGUAAUGGAAAGUGAAUUAAUCCGUUCCAGAUGGGUCCGCGGCGUUCGUAAACCGAAAAUUCAUAAACCGAGGUGUUCAUAAACCGAGGUUCCACUGUAUUCAGUUUAGGAUCAGUAGUCUAGUCAUCGUUGUUGUAAUAAAGCAGCAUAUAAGAUAAAGAGAAUUUGAGGCCAUAAGCUCAGGUACACACAUCAUCCUACAAUCAUUUAGUGAAUCAUCCAUACAGUCUCUUUUAGUGAGGGUGCAGUACCUAGGAUCUGCACCAAACAUUGAUAUUUUUUGCUCUUUUCUAGUUUCAUAGGUUUAUGUUCUGGUUCUAAUGAUGCAAUGGGGUGGGGCUCUUUAAAUACUGGGGGCUGCUACACACUCCUUUCUUCUUUAGCACAUGCACUGUCUCUUUCUUCAGGUUCUUCAGUUACAUUUGUUGUGAGACAUUGGUGUUAUAUGCAGUAUAGGGUUGGGAAGAAGAGAGAGCAGCAUACAGUCAGCAGAAGUCGUUGGAGAGCCUUGGCACAUCCACAUUUUAGCAGUGACAAAAAUGAAAGGAAGAAGUGAUCAGUGCAGAAGUGAGGCUCACAGCUGACUGGCAGCUUAUUACAUAUGAAGUGAAGAACAGGAACAACUUGAGAUAUACAUGACAAUAUACUUCUUUUUCAAUAUACUUAGUCAAUCUGUGUCUAAAUCUUCAACACCAUUAAUACCAGAGGCUAUGGAGUAUCCCUUGGAACAUCCAAGUGGGCUAAGAAAUUCUAAUGAAUUCACUUCAAUUUAUUCUAAAAGCAAAAAAAUAAAAACUUGAACAAACUGUUUGGCUUUAAGUAGAGACAAACAAAAAUAGCUAAAACCAUCUACAUUAUAUGUGUAACUCCAGAGAUUAUAGCUUGUCUGCAGCAGCACUUAAUGUGACUACAUAUAUGGAACUAAGCUUUAAAAUUCUGGUUAAAGUGCAGUGCUUCCAGUAUCAAUUGGAAUGAAAGCAGAAACUGAAACCAUCCCUACAGCUCAUCAACUUUUCAGAAAGCCUCUACAAACAGUGAUGAUCAGUCUUGUUAUUAAAGCACUUGGGUCACAACCCAACAUUCUAGAAAGCAUAUAUGUGCAUCAAGUCUCUCUUUGCCUUCGGGGAAUACACACACUGCUCAAAAUUCUGGGGGGAAGGCAUAUAAAUUUGGAUUGAUUAGUAUACUAAUGACACCAUCAGCCUCAACAACUGAUUUGCAAAGAUGGAAUAUUUUUUGUAGUAAUAAAAGGCAUCACUAUUUUCAAUAAUUCUGCUCAGCUUGAUGAAUCAUAGAAUCAUAACUAUAGAGUUGGAAGACCACAAGCAUCAUCUAGCCCAACUCCCUGCUAAUGACCAGUACCUCCCUCUGACAAGCACAGCCAGGUGCUAAACCUUCCAAAUCUGAAGCUGCAGAGGUAGACAGAUCCUCAACAUCUCCUCAAAUGCGAGGAAAGUUGGAAGCUGUUUGGCAGUUGCACAGCCAAGGCAUCUGGAGAGU